UGAACACCUUUGAAAUGUCUGUCACGUCAGAUACCAAUAAGGCAUCUUUUCCUUUCGAUCCACAAUUUCUUCCGUUGACGUACAUUGACCGGCAGCUGAAGAAGCGCGUGUGGAUUAUAAUGCGAUCGGAGAAGGAACUCCUGGGGACGUUGAUGGGGUUCGACGAGUUUAUCAAUUUGAUUUUGGAGGACGUCAUUGAGUUCGAUGUAGCGGCGGACGGCACGGUUGUUCAGAACAGAAUUCCGUCUAUUUUAUUGAACGGGACACAUAUUUCGAUGAUUGUUCCAGAGGGACUGUAUGUACGCGUGUGCGACGGCGGCGAGGGCCGGCUGGGGCGAGGGAAGAGAGGUUAACCUGGUUUGCUGGGAUUUAGGGGCCCGUUGGAGACGCCGAUAGUCAAGCAGUAGGGCGAAGGGAGUGCUAUGAGAGGAAUAAAGAGAGGAAGUUGAUGAG